AUGUCUAACAACGCGGUGGGUAACGUCUACUCACAGAUCAUCGAUGAGGUGAUAAAUUCUUCUCGGGUCGAUUUCGAGGAGGGUGGUGUUGAUGAGAGCGUGCUCGAAGAGUUGAAGAAGGGAUGGCAGGAAAAACUCACUCAACUCGAGGUCGCGGCGUUUCCAUGGGACCCCGUCAAGGAAGCUCCAGCUCCUCCUGCACCACCUCCGACUACGGCCGCACCCCCGCCUGCGGCUCCAUACUCUCAGGCCCAGCUCAGUCCGCAACUCCCAGUACCUGGUCUACCUCUGCCUGGCGGAAACCCGGCUCAACAGGCCAGUAACAUGCCUGUAAAGGAGGAGCCUUACAUCAAGCCGGAGCCUGGCAUGCAGAAUGUGCCGAUGCCGCCAUCUCAACAAGAUAGCGCUGGACUUGCAGCUUACCGAGCCGCUCAACAUGUGCGCGGUCAGUUUGGCGAGAAAGGCGCCGCCUCCAUGAACGCCAUACAAGCCUCGGCGACCAAUAGGCCUGCCAACCAACCGCCUCUGCCCCAGAUGCCCGGCCAGCCUCAGCAGCAGCAGCAACAGCAGUAUCGCCCGGGAGUUCCUCAACAGGGUCAGCCUCAGCAGCGUCCACCUAGCAAUGGUCAGCCAGGUGUGAAUCCCUCGCAGACCGACGGUGCUGGUGACGACUUCGACUUUGAAGGUGUUCUGCUCCAACGCAACCCUGAUGGGUCUCAACGCGAGAUUGGACGUGUUGAUAUUGAUCGCAUGAUCCACGCGCGGAUUGCUGCCAAUGCCAAGAGCAUGGAGGGCGGCGGCUUGAUGCUGCCUCUUAAGGAAGCCACGAGGCAUUCGUCGGCUGCCACGGCGCGAUCCAAGGGCAAGGAACAUGGUGGAAUUGCCGGUUACGAUGGUUAUGAUGAUGACGAAGUUGACGAAGACGCAAUCAACUCAGAUCUUGACGACCCUGAUGAAGACAAGGAUGACGACGAGGUCGACGAUGAGGGUCUUGGACAUAUCAUGCUCUGCAUGUACGACAAGGUCCAGCGCGUCAAGAACAAGUGGAAGUGCGUCCUCAAGGAUGGUGUUCUCACCGUCAACGGCAAGGAGUACGUCUUCCACAAGGCCACUGGCGAGUACGAGUGGUAA